AUGUAAAUAAAUAAUGGCAAGAAUAUAUUUCAGAAUAGGAAAAGCUAUUAAAUGAAUAUAAAAAGGAGUAAACUUAAAAAAUUUGAAUUAUUGAAUGAAAUAGCCAAAAUGAGAAAAAUUACAAUAAGAAAUUGA